UUGGUCAAAAGGAAUAGUUAGUGAAAUUACCAAAGUGAGCUGAACGCGUGGAAAAAUAAAGCACUCAUUAAAUAAUUAAAAAGUGUACAAAUUUACACGUACAAACGUACAUACGUAUAUACCUAUAAGCACACAGUUCUGCAUAUCGUAAACAAGUGAAGAACAUAAUUGAAAAUAUUUACUUGAGUAAAAAGUUAUUGAAUUUUAAUAUUCUACAAACUCUCAUACACAACUGCAUACAUACAAUAUAUAAUUCCUUCGUACUUAUCGAUCGUUGAACUUAAACCAUUAACCUAGAGUUAACUGCAAAUAUGAAUUUUUCCAUAAAAUUCCUACACAAAUGAUGGGAUGUGGUUCAUCGGUGGAUACAAAUAGUGUAAUUGACGAGCCCGUACAGAGCUUGGAGCGUUGGCAGCAGGGCGAUAUGGAUCCGGCAGCCGUCGUUGAGGAAUUCGUGCGCUUGGAUGAGCAAAUCAGCAAGCUAGAGGAGGCUUGUCCAGGUCCACGUAUGGCCACCGCUGAAGCUUGGGUUGAACACUUGCAGUCGCAACGCGAUUCAUUGCUCGGUGUUGACAGCUUAGAUCCGGCCUUGAAUCCACAACGCAGUGAGCUGUUGCAUCAGCAGCAACAGCAACAACAAAUGAAUGGUGAAAUAUUAACUUUAAAUGACAUCGAUGCAGCAACGCCACCUCCCAUACAUCAGCCCCCAUUACAACCACUGAGCGUUACUACAGCAAUGGCAAAAGCAAACAGAGACAUACUGCAAAAUGGCACGCUGCCUCGCAGAAAUGACGCCGCCACAAAGGGCAUAGGCAAUGGGGCACGACACGUUAAUAACAACAUCGUAGCGAAUACACCCACUCAGGACUUGGCUAAUCUUGCCAUCAAUUUGGGUGUGGUUGGUGAUGCUAGUAAGGCUUCCACUCAUGAGGACUUUUUUGCCAACCUCAGCGAAUCAGCUCUUUAUUUGACGUCGAUUCGAUACUACACAGAAAUACUGGAACACAUUAAAGUGCGACUGAAAACCUUAACGGAGAGCUACAACGAAUUAAAUGAAUUGUAUGUACAUCACGAUGGAAUUAUAGCGUUCAUCAGUGGCGGCACCUACAUGACCCGUUUGGAAGAGAGUCUAGACUCACAGUUAGAGUCGGCGCGUGACGUGCGCGAUAAGCUGGGCAGCGCAUUGGAGCAAUGGCGUAUAUGUGGCACGCUAAUGCGUGCGAGUGCGAGUUCGGCGACGCAAGCGUUGAAGCAAUGGCAGCAGCUGACAAAAGCCAUUGAUCCAAAACUAAAAGUACAACUAGCGUUGGAGUGCCGCACAUCAUUACAAGCAUCCUUGAUAUCGGUUGAGUGUGCGCAGUUGGCGCUACCUCAUGUGGAAAUCAAACAUAUAAGCAAUCGGCAACUGCUAGCAGUGAAGCAUUGCAAUACCUACAUGAUUACAGAUAUUGCAAAUUUGUCAAGGUACCAGCAUACGACUAAGGUAUUUGCCUCGUUUGAGAGUAAUAUCUCCAAGGCAUCGAUGUGGUUGUAUGAAAUGUUUAAUAAAACCUUACGCCAAGACUUCAAUAAAGCCGAAGAGACAGUGCGCAAUUUAGCAAAAACUUUAAGGGAUCACAGAGAGGAAAUUUUUACCGCAGCUCGCAAAUAGUAAUCAUUUGCUAAUUACGUCUAACUUAUUAAAGUUGUUUCUAAAGUAAUUCGGGGGUUUUCUUUUAAUAGG